AUGACGAGCAACUGUUCGCUGGAAGCGGUGGACCACCUGAUGAGGUAUCUGGAGCUGGCCAUCUACAUCCCCAUCUUCCUCUUUGGGUUGGUCCUGAAUGCCGCGGCGCUCUUGGUGUUCUGCGUCUUCCUGCGGAAAUGGACCGAGUCAACGAUCUACAUGACCAGCUUGGCUCUGAUGGACAUGCUCCUCCUCUUCCCUCUUCCCUUCAAAAUUUACGCCGCCAACUACCUCUGGCCCGCCUACCUCCAACCCCUCUGCUCGGUGCUGGAGAGCCUGUAUUUCUGCGGGAUAUAUGGCAGCAUCUACACCAUCAUGUGCAUCGCUGUGGACCGGUGGGGGGCCAUCUGCCACCCGUUCAAAGCCAAGCAACUGCGUUCGCCCAAAGUGGCCCUGGGGACCUGCAUCGGGGUCUGGGUGCUGGUGCUGGCGGCGGUCUGUUGGACCACCUCUCGCUUGAGGGAGGUCAAGCAGACGGACUUCCACUGCUUCCACCGCUUUUCGGAGAAAGGAUGGAGCCCUCCGAUCAUCAUCUGCCUGCUGGUGUUCGGGUUCCUGGGGCCCGCGUUGGUGGUGGUCUACUGUUCGGCCUGGACCAUCUGGGCUCUUCGGCAGUCCGGCCAGCGCAGCGCCCAGAGCCGGGCCUGCGUGAAGAUCAUCUUCAGCAGUCUGAGUGCCUUCCUGCUUCCGUUCACGCCGAGCCACCUGGGCAUCCUGCUGCAGUUCCUGGUGCGUCAAGGGAUGAUUGAAGACUGCGGCAGCAAGACCAGGAUCAGCCUGUUUGUCCAGACGGCGAUGUGCCUCUCCAACAUCACCUGCUGCCUGGACGCCCUGUGCUACUACUUCAUCGCCCACGAGUGUGUUCAGCAGGACAUUUAAUUGGUGUGAGCAUCAGAGCUGAAGCCGAGAGGGAAGUUACCCGUCAGCACGCCACGCCGCGAUGUGGAACAGACCUGGUGGUAACAGUGGAGUCACGGUUAGGGGAUGUUGUGUGUAUUAAUACAGUUUUUAUUGUCCAAAACUUUUUUAUUUCACAAGACUUUCAUGUUUUGGUUUAGUUCAUCACUAGAGUCUCGAUACAUGUGCACUCGUCUCCUGUUGACUUUCUUUGUCCUGCGUCUGCGCUCCAGUCGGUGCUGUUUCCUUUUAAUGUCUGUUUCUGUGAAAUGUGUCUCUAUGAAGGACCUUCUUGAUAUGGUAUUUUUCUGUUCUCCAGUGAAAGUGGUCUGCAAAAUAAAGUAAGACAACAACUUAA